GUGGUGAGUGACCGGAGACAAGCGGAAGACACGCUGCAACACGUCUCUCAAACCUCCAACACCUCGCACGUUAUGGCGGAAGUUCUUCCGGAAAGGAAAGGGUUGAGGGCCCGAAUAGGUGCCGCGUUGCGGCCCAAGAAGUCGCACAAAGCCUUGCGAGCAAAACAGUCGUCGGAAACGCCGGCUGGCGGCUAUCGGACUCUUGCGGAGGCCAAGCUUAACGCGCCUGAUAAGGGGUUUAUCGACUCGCAGACGGGUGAACGCCUGGAUACGACGGCCAUCUUGCACGGCUUGGCUGAUCGCGACGACGCCGAGGACUAUGAGGAGCCGCAUCUCCGGGAAGACGGGACUCUGCGGCCGCCCGGCGAGCCCAUGGUAGCUAGUCUAUCCUCUGAGCUUUGGAGCCGUAUCGUGGCUUACCUAACCCCCACUGAUGCUGCUAACCUCGCUUUCUCGAGCAAGACGCUGUUUGAUCGAGUGGGAUACGGCCCUUGGCUUGCCUUGGCCCUGCCCGAGAACCGGCAGUACAAGAUCGACUUCCUUGUUUCUAUGGACCAGUACCUCCCUGCCCAUUUGUUUUGCUUUGCAUGCGCGCAAUAUCACCUCAGGACACAGCCGGGCCAAGAAGAACUCAAACCCACCAAUGUACUCAAUCCGCUUUUCAAUUGUCCAAAUGCCUCGAAUCCCUUGACACCGCCUGCGCGAGCACGCAUAGCCCCUGGCCGGACCCUGCCGUUCACAUUCGUUCAGCUUGCUCUCCGAGCUCACCGCUAUGGACCGGCCCACGGCAUCGAGAUAGACGACCUGAACCGCCGCUGGAGGGACCGCGAAAGCGGGUGGUCGCACCACUCGCGUUACCAAGUGACGAAGCAAGGGCAUCUACUCGUGCGGGUAGUUAGCACGUGCUUCGCGCAGGGGGGGCUGCCACCCAGCGGGCUGCGGCGACUGCUCUACUGCAUGGAGGACGACUACAACCCGUACUUUUCGGUCUGCGCGCACUGGCGAGACGGCGACCUCAUGAAGAUCUGCAAGUGCGCGCUGGGCCAUAUCCCAAAGGCGCAGAACCGGGGCGGGCUGGAAGGGCAGCUGACUCGACGGAUGGAGCAACAGGGGCUAAGGCAAUGCGCGAACCCUCUCGCUAUUGUCAGUUUGUGCGGCGAAUGCCAGCCUAUGCGCCGCUGCCCCGAGUGCCCCACCGAGUACAUGGUCGAGAUCCGCCGCGCAGAGGACAAGAACGACCCUACGCAGCGCUUCAAGCAGGCCAUUACAGUGACGCGCUGGAGCGACCUUGGCGACGGCUCGUCGCCUGACUCACCGGAGUGGGCGGCUUGCAACGGCCUGGUUGAGUAUGAUUCCUUCCAGCAUAUCGGCCGGCGCGCCAUCUCGGGCGUCUUUGAGAGCCAUUCCACCAGCGAGCAUAUCCCCGGCCAGCGCAUCAUGUCGCUGAACCCGCGCAACGAGAAGAAGGGCGAGGCUGGCAACGACUGGUAUUGA